GCAGAAGUGGCUGUAAACCUGUUCAACGUGUUCAAGGCGAGAGUUGCUAUCGCGGCAGGCUAUGGAAACCCGUUUGCUGGUACCGGUUUUACCGCCAAGUUUAUCAUAGAAACUGGUUUUGAUCAGCUUUCGAACAAGACUGCUGAGGUUUUAGUAGCUGCUUUACAAGCGACAAGAAAGGCUUUGGAAAAAGCUCAGUUGACAGUAAAAGAAGCCAAACUUGCCUGUGAGAGGAAAGCCGGCAGUUUCUGCAACAUCUGUGAGAAACUGGCGUGCGAUGAAAUUUCUGAGGAAUGCAAGCGCGCUAUGGACAAGUUUAAGCAUUUCGUGGGAGAAAAACUGGACAAAUUCGGUCGGAAAGUGAAAAGCAUUGGAGAGAAAUUAAAAUCUGGUUUUAAAAAAGAGAGAGCAAAACGUUACAUGGAUCUCCUGACGGAUGGAAUGAACUGUGCAGCUCAAUUGAAACAGAAUAGUGACCACACAAGCGAUUAUUCAAGCCACGCCCAUGCAGAUACAACCUGCCACGACAGUCGCUACGGAAACAAUACAAAGCACCGGUCAUCUCGGCGCAAGAGGUUCGUGGGUAAAAUGAUGUGCGAGAAGCUGGCUAAAAAAGCUUGUACGAUAACAAAAGAUUUGUGUAAAGGUUCCUGCAGUGUUGUCGGCCACAUUACCAAGGGAAUGUGCAAAGCUCUCGACCUAGCCCAUCACGGUCUUUACGUGCUGGAAAAAGGAGCAUACUGGGCCGAGCGAGCUGUCCUAGCAGUGGCAAAGAAUAUGCUUGUCAUUCACAAGUUAUCGUUUGAAACACACUUAACAGCCACUCCACUCGAUUCCUCUGUGUCUCUUGGUGCAGAUGUGAGCAUUUUUGGUUCUAGAGGGCAGUUAAAACUGGAAUUCAAUCUGGCUGAUCCCCUAAAAAAUGUCCAUAAAUUGGCAGACACAGCUCUGGAGUUCUUUAAGAAGUUGUUUAGUCCAAGAUUUUCCAAGGCAAUUUAUGAUGAGCCAAAUGAAGAGUCUGAUUUCGAGUUUUCAGGUGAAUUCCGAGUCCAGAUGAAUGACACCAAGGAUUGCUUAUCUGCUCCAGCAAGCUCAAAAGUUGGUUCUCCUGUGACUUUGGGCUCCUGUGAUGGGGCGGUAUCUCAGUGGGUAUUUACACUCACAGGAGGACUUAUGAAUGUCGAUUCUGGUCUGUGUGUAGCGAUGGGUACAGCUCAAGGCCAGGCUCUAGUGCAACAGCAAGCUUGUGACGUCACCUCUGAAGAGCAAAAGUUCACUUGUGACGGCAACAAGAUUACACCCGUGAAGGAUUCUGGAGUAUGCGUCACAGCAUCUGGGGGAAAAACGGGAUCAGGUGUAGUCGAAGCCAAGUUACUCAAGUGUGACGACGAAAGCGUGCAGAAUGAGCAAGCUUGGAUAAUACAUGAUGAUCCCAGAGCCUUAUCGGUUUGCGACAAACAUGUUCCUGACGUCGCUCUUGGGAAGCCUUCCCUGCAAUCUAGUUUAAUGUCCGUCGAUGAGUUCCAAAGCGAGUCCAAAGACGAAAAAGUGAGCAUUCCCGGGGUUGGCCCAGAACUAGCUGUGGAUGGGAACAUGUCUACAGAACCUUCUGCGGGCUCCUGCUCCAUAACGGCCCUUGAAGUUGAACCCUGGUGGAAAGUGGACUUGCAGAGCGAGCACAUUGUCACAGAUGUGAAUGUGGUUAGCUCAUCUGGAUCAUUCUCGAGUCCAUUGUCUAAUUUCGAGAUUCGCGUCGGGAUCCUAAAAGACCACAAACAGAACCCAAUGUGCGGGGACCAAGUCCGACAGCUAGCGGCGGGAGAGGUCUGGACAGCAGAAUGUAAGCCACCAAUCCCAGGUCAAUACGUGUCCGUCAGUAUGGUUGGCAAAGGAUACUUGGCGAUAUGUGAAGUGGCGGUUUUCGCGAGAUUAGAUAAUCAAGGGAAAUGCAGCCCAGAGCUCAGCAGAAAAAGAGAUGAAAUAACUAACUUGUCCCCUGAGGAUAUGAUCACAACCGAUGAAGACUCUAAAGAAUAACUACCAAACCAUUCCUAAAAACUUAAUAAGUUUUCCAAUGCCCCUCGUUUUCCAACAAGGAUAAACUGUUAACCCUCAUCUUUUUAAUUAUUUUUUGCAUCUGCCCUACCAAAAGAAAAAA